AUGCUUUCAGUAUUUCCACAGCCAGAAUUACCGACUGAAGUAGGGUUAGCAGGGUCUACGAGACUAAAGACGGAGAGGUGUAUCGGCACGCUACAGAUGCCGGUUCAGCAGGAUAGACAGAGAUGUUGGAAAGAAUCCGCCAUUUCUCGAGCACGGCUGCAAACCGGGCCCUGGGCCAAUCUUAUACCCGCAUCGAGCCGGCUGCCAAAAAAUGCGCCGCCGUUGAACGAUCCGUCACGGGACCGAUGCAUUGGAGAGCUGAUCGCUCAGUGCCUCUGGCAAAACUGCCUUUCGAGCCAGGGAGAUGUUGAUCCAGAUACUCCAAGUGAGGGAGAGAUUGAAGAAACCGAAGACGACCAGAGGCCUAAAGGGGGAAAGGCCUAUCUUGACACUUUAGCUCCGGAGCUACAACUUCGAGUGCUCGACUUCCUUGAUGACCUGCGUGAUAUAGGGAGUGUGAUCCGAGCACACGAAUGGCCAGUGUCUGGAGGAUAUCUUCGAGCUCGAUUCCCAAUCGAAGCAAUCCAUGAGGUGGAAGAUAUCUCGGCGGACCAAAUCGACUGGGCGUCGCUAAUUGUGGGAUUUGAAGAGCUUUCAACGCGACCAUGCGAGAGUCUGGGAACACCGGCUACUGAUUUAUCGCAGACUAUGUGCCAUUGA